GAUUGCAUUUGUGCAUGAAUGAAAGGUCAAAAAUAGAAAAAGCAACAGUAUACUCACAUAGAUGUGGACCAAUUCAUCCAUACACUGCAUUUCCAGAAUGGCAAUGCUCUGCCAUAAUAGAUACUGGAUGAAAGUAAAAAAAAUCAUGUUGAAGCUGAAACCAUUUCAGCUUACAGUCGUACAAACAGAUGCUUAAGAAUCAGUUUCUGAGAAACAGAAAACAGAAACUAUCUUUCAUCUGUUACUUCUUUCUGUUUAGUUUCUUUAGAAUGAAUAAACAAAAACAAGUGAAAUAAUAAUAAUAUCCUCAGCAUGUUUUUGUACUGUGGGAGGAAGCCGGAGUACCCGGAGAAAACUCACAUGUGCACAGGGAGAACAUGCAAACUCCAUGCAGAAAGAUCCUGGGAAGGCCGGGACGUGAAUCUGGGAUCUUCUAGCUGCGAGGUGAAAGUGCUAACUACCAAGCCACUGUGCAGCCAGGUUGUUCAUAAUGCUUUGUAAAAAUGAUAGUUCCUUAAAUGUGAACUACUUUUUUGCACUAAAACAAAAAUAAGUAGUCUGCUAUGAUUUUACACAUGUGGCCCAUUUGAAAUCAAAUUAGGCUGUAUGUGUCCCUUGAACUAAAAUGAAUUUGACACCCCUGUUUCACACCUUUUGGAAUUGGAAUCGUCUGCAGCCUGGUCUGAAUAGUUUGGUCGUCUCUCUGAGUGUUAAAUCUGACAUGAGGCUAGAGUUAAUUGAUUCAUGACUCUUGGUUCAGUUAAACAAAAGGUCACAAUGACAUUCUCAGCAGGUAUGCAGUCAGACCAGUCCAGUGUUUUAACAGAACAGAGGGACUCGUUCCCACACAGGAAAUGCGUCCUGCACAGGUGAUCUGACUGGCUGCCAAACAGCCUCCACACAGGGCUCUCUGAUAAUAAGAGCAUUUGUUUUUAUGGAGACACUGAACAGAAAUGGGAAUGUUUAAAGGUUUAUUCCUGCACAGCAUGUCAUUUGGAGAUUCAGGGAAAUGCUAGAUCCUCCAAGGUCCACUCCCUCAGUGCUGAUGUGUUCUGAAGAAGUGGUGUAAAUCACAACAGUAAUGAAAUCAAAAGAACUAAAGGCCCGAUCUACAAGAAGGAGGACGACUCUAGUGGCCUAAAGUAUGGAAAUGAUGAUAACAGACAUUUAAUGGGCUCAUAACAUCCAAAUCAGGACUGUAGCUGUGAAAUUCACCCACACCUGAACCAGAGUUUUAGUGAUUUAUUCUGAUUUUAAGCUUUUUAAGGUUUUCUAGUGGAAAUGCACUAUGGGAGUUGUAGUUAAUGUCUACCUAAACAAAGACAAUGUCACAAAGAAAUUGUCACAAAGACAAUGAAGCUGGGCCGUCUGACUUGAAAGCAGCUAUUGUUACUGUUAACAUUAACACUUGCGAUUUUCCUGCAGCGUUGUGUCAAAAGUCUUCUGCAGAAAAGGUCUCUUUAAAAAAAAAAUAACAUAGUAAUUAAUGAGGCCACCAAAGUCCCAGAAGAUUAGGUUUUUUACUCCACCAAGGACGCGGGGCCUUGGUAGAGUGAUGUGAUGACUGCCAUUAGUUUGUCUAUCUGUCUGUCUGUUUGUCUGUUAGCAACAUUCCUCAAAAUUGGAUGAACAGAUUUGGAGAAAAUUUACAGGAAAGGUCAAAAAUGACACAAAGAACAACUGAUUAGAUUUUAGCAGUGAUGCUAAAAUCACAUCACAUCAACAACUGUGUGCACGGGAUUCAUAUUUUGUGUGAACAAAACAAAGAUUCUUCUGCAGACUAAAUCCGUGAGGACAGAAAACACUCUUUUACGCACCGAUUGGAAGCAGAGUGGUGUAACCCACUUUCUGUAGUUUUAAGAAAAGAAUGGGUUCAAAGUUUUGUGUUUUCAAGAAUGGUCUAACAUUUGAAAAGCCACUGUAACGCUAUAUUUGGGUUGUGGGUUAGACCACUUUACCAGUAAAAUCUCUAGGCCAUCAAAUAUUACAGAAAUGAUGUAAAACUCACUUCUCAUUUUUUUGUGGAUUUGACCACUCUGCUUCUAAUGUCCUCUUAUGUCUUCAGGGGCCCCAUGUUGUGUCGGUGUACGGAUUUCAAACUCUGAGACAGCAUUUGAACUUAAAUAAACUUCUUUUUCUAAGGUUUAGUAGAUAAUGUUGUGUCUACAGUCUUGUUUACCGAGGACUUACAAUGGACGGUAUUAAGACAAAGACUGCCAAACUUCUUAAUGUUCCUCCAUUUCCAACACAUAGGCCACAAAAUGACAACAAAUAGCAUUUGACAUGUGAUACUGUUGUGUCUCUAAAUAUUUGGUUCAUUUUUGCAGAUGUUAUGUGUCUUUUCAAUCCUUUGGUGUUUCUCAGUAACAGUAUUAGUCAUAGUUGUAGUAGUUAUAGGCUAGUUAGUAGUACUUUUAGCAUGUUUCAGUGAAUGUUUUGUGUAUUUUUGUGUCCGUUUUACGGCACUUUUGGCCUCUCUUGGAAGUUAUUUUGAGUAUGUCUGUGGUUUUUGUGUCUCUUUGCAGUCAUUUUGUGCCAGUUUGUGGUAGUUUCAUGUCUUUGCGAUCACUCUGUGUCUCUUUGCAGCACUUUUGGUCUCUGAAGUUAUUUUGAGUAGGCCUUUGUCUGUGGUUUUUGUAUCUCUUGUCAUAGUUGUGUCAAUUUGUGGCAGUUUUUUUGUCUUUGGGGUCAUUUUGUGUCUCUUUUGCUGCACUUUUGGUCUCUCUUGGAAGUUAGUUAGUUUAUGUCAUGUGGUUUUUGUGUCUAUUUACAGUCAUUUGGUGCCAGUUUGUGGUAAUUUUAUGUCUUGUUACAGCCAUUUUAACCUAAUCAGUUUGAUUAAUGUUUUAUUUCUCGUUUUGUGACUCUCCGACAUUAACAGUCACUUUAAACACUGGUGCCCCUUCACCUAUUAGGGUUCAGAGCCCCUCCAGAAUCCUGGCUCCGGCCCUGUCCAUUAUUAAACUGAUUGGACCGGGGCCGGGUCGUGCUCCACAGUUUCUGCCCAUCCUCCUCCUCCUGCGUGUUUUCUCCGCCCUCCGUGGUUUAUAAAUGAGCCGGGCAAGCUGCAGGCAGCGGGGAUCAUCAGAGCAGCAGGACACCGAUCAGAGGACACAACAUGGCGGAGAGACGCUGCGAAUAGCCGCCGUCCAGGUGCUUCUGUCCGGCUGCAGGGCAGUAGAACCGCCCGGUUCUGGCUCGGUUCCGUGGAUUUACAGAGAAGCAGCAGUUUGCUUUUAAGCAAGAGUCGAAAAAAGUGAAAAAUGAUCCACGAGUGAGGACUUGGAGAUGAACCGACACGCAACAGACGUCCAGGAGCCGGUGCAGGAGAGCGGCUCCUCCUACCCGCCGCUGCCCGCCGAUCAUGUGCUCAGCUCCGGAGCGGUGCUCUUCCCUGGUGCUUUUGAUCAGCACGGCUGUCCUUUGAUCGUGUUCCCUGUGGAUGGACAAACCAGACUCUCCUCAGAGCUCAGCAAAGCCGAAGUGGUCGACUUCAUAAAUUACUUUCAUGGGCUGCACAUUAAGAAGCAGGAGAAGCCGAGUUUAGUGUCGGUGGUGGCUGAUCUAAGGCAGGCUUCACUGGCUUCAACCAGAUUCAUCGCCGAGACUCUGCUUCUACUCGAGUUACACAAGCGGACCGUCCACUGUGUCUACAUAAUUCAGCCCAAAAAGAAAGACGUUCUGAAGCUGUUGCUGAAGCUCCUGGCUCCGUCAAAGUCUUACACUCCCUCUUUCAAGAAGAUACUUCUGAAAGAAAUCCCGGAGCUCUCCAACUACAUUGACCGAAGCCAGCUACCAGCAUCUCUGGGUGGAUACCUCAUGUACUGUCACCAGAGCUGGGUGGCCUUCAUUAAGGAGAUUGAUGCGUUCGUCCAGGAGUUCCUGUCUGUGGUCCAGCGGCUGCCCUCAUGUAUCUCUACACUACAGGCUCUGUCCAGGCUGCCGCUACCCUCCACCUUCACCGAGCUCCAACAUUUCUGCUCCACAAAUGAAGCAAAGUUCCAUCAGCUCAGAAGGGAGCUGGGUCUGGAUGAGCUGCUGAGGCACUGUGACGGCGUGGUGGAGAAGCUGCGUUACCCUGACAGGGAGCCGUGCUAUCAGGCCAUGGCCGGCACUGCCCUCUUCACCCACACCGCCUUCGACAUGGUGCAGAACCACAGCAGAAUAACUGCAGCUGUAGAAAAAGUGGAGCUUCUGUGGCACCAGGCCUUUUCUAAAGCUCACUUGCAGCUGCAGGUGUUCCAGCUGCGCGAUGAUGCGCUGCAGAUCACAGAGGAGAUUGAAACUCUUCUUCAAGAGAAGCUCCAGCCCUACAAAAUGGACAUCGCCAAGGACGCUGCAAAGGCUGCCAUGAUGGUGUCUGAAUUUGAGACUUCCAUUCACACUCCUGCCAUGGCUCUUGUUCGCUGCGCCGAAGACGUGAUCCACACGUUAGCGGAGAUCCUGCCGUUGGACGGGCAGAUCAGGGAGAGCUGGGUUCUGGAUCUGGAGAGGCUGAAGGACAAACUGCAUUCUGCUGUGCAUUACAUUCUCCAAACCCUCAAGGCAGCUUCCAGCUACCAUCACUACUACAACAAGGCCAACACCUGGUACAAUCUGGUCCUCUGUGAGAACUUCCUCCAGGAGCUGCUGUCAGGUGUCAAUGGAGACACAGUUUCCUCUCAGCGGCAGAGGAGCAACUGGUCGACCAUCCCUCCAUGGAGACGGAAGCUGUCCACCUUCCUGAAGAAGAAUCCUCCUCCAGACAUGGAGGAGCUGCUACAUCUGGCCCAUCUGUCCAGUUCCAUCCCAGACGAUGAGAUCCAGCAGGCGGGCAAGCAGAUGUCUCAGAGGUGCAUGACCCUGAGGAAGCUCCUGAUUUCUUCAGGAUCGGUGGCAGUCAGGAACCUCCAGCUUGCUUUGCAGUGGCAGUAUGACUUGUUGCGAAGCAGCCACAGUAGUCCGUCCCCUGCUGAGGGCGCUGCAAACGGAACAACAAAGGAUGAUCAACACAGCCCCUCAGAGUCUAACCUCACUAAAUGUGAAGGAAGCAAAGAAGCUCUCCAUCUUCUUGGAACGUCUCCUUCGAUCGCGGUUCCCGUGAUGGUCUUGGCCGAUGGCAAACCUCCCUCCCUCAGCUCAUUCGACUCUGGUUUCGAUGGAGCUGGGAGCAGCCAGCUGGAGGCCUGGGGAGGCAGGGAAGGACUGGAAGGUCUGUCCAGAUUAGCGGGGACCAGAGACUCUGUGAGAGCUGCCUCAAGUUACCCUCAAAUCAACGAGGAGAACUUCUCCAGUGUUUCAGACUGUGAGGAUCACAGGGAGGAGUUUGACUUGGGCUCUGUGGGAAACUCCUCCAGGGCGAGCAUCAAGAUCAUCCCCAGUGUAGCGGUGGACUCGCUCAACUUUGAGAUCAAAGUGAAGCGCUCGGCUGCGCUGCCCAAUAAUCCCUGGCUUAGCUUGCCGGUGGAUGACUUGGAAAACUCGUACACGGUGACUAUUACACAGAACCCAGCACUGCAAAAGAGAGACUCGCACUUUCACGAACCCUCAGCCAUCCAUUCUGCUGCCAGCCAGACCAGCAGGUCUCGAAAUCAGCCCACACAGACGGAGGCUUUGAGCAGCGACAGGAGGCUUUAUUCCCAAAGUGGUUUGGAGGAUCCUGAGCUGAGCCCCAUUUGUAACAUUCUCUCCAGCACUAUUACCGAUGGAAGAGACAAGUCUGUGUGUUCAACAGCGGGGAUUCCUACUCUUCUCUGGGAUUCUUAUGACCUCCAUGAGCAGAAUCCAGAUACCACUGAUGGUGUGAUGGAUGUCCCCCUAAAAGACUGGGAUGUGAAGGAGCAGGAGGGUCUGAGGGAGGUGGAGAAAAUCCUGGACAGAGCUGAUGAAAUCCUGGAGGAGGAAGAAAAUGUUCUGGCUCAAGAAGCUGUGCUGGACUCCCUGCUAAGGUUGGAGGAAAGGCAGAAUAAUCUCUGGCCAUUGUGGGAGAGUGAAGGGCAGCUUUGUACGAUGUCGUCUGGUGAGCUGGCUGAAGCCGGUGUUCUCGGCCUCGAGGACUCCCUUGACCUCCCAGAAUCCGACAACCUCAGCGAACUCAAAUCAACAGAUUCUCCAGCUGAACCUAAAGCUUCUGCCGAUGAUGACUUCGACACUGAAGCUGAAAUAGUGGGAGAUGCAGGAUCGUUCAACAGCAGGCCGGACCUGCUGACGGAGCUAAAGCAAGUCCACAUUCUGGAUGAGCUGAUCAUGGAGGAGAACCUGAAGAUCCACAAGCUCAGACACUUUGAAGAAAACCCCAACAGUGAAGUCACAGGAAGCGAUUCUUUGGAGCCAAAUGGGCCACAGUGUGUGUACAAAGAGAGGGAGGCUUUCCGUUUGCAACUUGAAAAGGAGAAAAAAGAGGUGGAGAAACUUGAGAAGAGUUUGGACAAAGAAUGCAAAGUGAAAAAUCACAAGAACAAAGCUAGAGAGGUUGUACGAUGUUCUGUAAUGGAGAAGUGCAAAGCUGAGAAUGAGGAGGAGCGAGCUCUCUGUGAGGGGUUUUUAUCACAUAGUUUCAAGAGAUCACAGAGCAGGCCUUCUAAUUUGUUGGUUCAGAAUGAUUCUCCAACUCAGGGUACAACAUCAGAUCAGGAUGUUGAGAAAGAAGCUACACCAGAAGACUUGGAUCAACUUCGAGUUUCCCAGUGUCAGGAUCCUAGUGACUGUGAAGCGGAUCCAUCUCUGUCUAAUAGAACUACUUUUAACGGUUCAUCUGAGUUGAAGGAAACCCCUGAGGUGGAUAUCCAACCUCAGAAAUGUAUCUAUGACACAGAACUGGACAAACCGGUAGAAGAAGCUAACCAGAACAAUCCAGAAGCUUCUCUAACCCCUGAAAUGAGGCCAGAUGAUGGAGCAUUUGACCCAGGUGGAAAAUCACUCCUUCCUCCGGUACCCAAGCCAAGAAAGGCUUUGCUUCCUGUGACUGAUAGUCUCGCUGAACUCGAAUCUCAUUCCACAGAGACGCUCGAUCCAUCUCCGUCUUUCGUAGCUCAAGAUCCUGGUUUUGCACAACUUGAUCUGCAAGCUAAAACAUUUGAUGUGCUGCCAGAGAAUGUGGUUCCAGAUGUCCUGGUUCUCAAUCCAAAUGUGAAGGAGCACAGUAACAACAACAAUAACAACGGUGCACCUUCAGAGGAGUGUGACAUGCCAGCUGAAGGCUUGUCUGAAGUAAUCACCAAAGACGAAGAGGAAACACCAGCGGUGCCAGCGCGUUUGCUACAGAUAACGGAGGAAAUCCAGACCCCACCACCUGGAGAUAAACCGCCAUAUAACCAUUCAGCAGCUCAGCUCACUCCUGAUCAUCCUCUAGAGUUUGAUCCAGGUGGUGAAGAUGAACUAAAUGAAGACCUGCCUGAUUCAGUUCAGAGAUCUGAGACUGUGAGAAUAUCACACUCCAGGUCUACUGAGAUCCAAGCGCCACUCAACGUCAACAUGAGACAGAUGGAAGAUUUCAAGACCCCUAUAGUCCUGGAUACGGGGUCUGGUUUGAUGAAGGCGGGAUUUGCAGAUCAAGACCUUCCGAGCCUCAUGUUCCCAACAAUAAUUGGGAUGCCAAAGUAUGAGGAAAUAAUGAAUGGCAACCUUGAAAGGGAGACCUACAUUGGCCAUGACGCUCAACACAUGAGAGGGGUUCUGGCUCUGAAACACCCCAUAAAGAACGGCAUCAUUCGCAACUGGGAUGAAAUGGAAAAGAUUUGGCAUCACACGUUCCAGCAGCUGUGUGUGGAACCAGAGGAUCACCCCGUUCUGCUGACCGAGGCAGCCAUGAACCCUCUGGAGAACCGGCAGCGGAUGGUGGAGAUCAUGUUCGAGUGUUUCAACGUUCCUUUCACCUACGUGGCCAUGCAGGCGGUGCUGGCGCUGUACGCUGCAGGGAGAACCACUGGUGUGGUGUUUGACUCUGGAGAUGGAGUGAGCCACAGUGUCCCCGUGUUUGAGGGAUACUGUCUACCUCAUGCAGUGCAGCGCUUCCCUCUGGCUGGUGUAGACGUUACAAUGCAUCUUAAAAAGCUUCUGCGGGAACAAGGAGUUUGCAUGCGAACCUCAGCAGAGGAGGAGAUAGUGAGGGAGAUGAAGGAGAAGUGCUGCUGCGUGGCGCUAAACUAUGAAGCCGAGCUGAGUCGCGGGGGUUCGUCCUGCGAGGAGAUGCAUUACACCAUGCCAGACGGACAGAUUGUCACCCUCAGCACGGAGAGGUUCAGGGCCCCUGAGAUUCUGUUUAAACCCGAGCUGAUUGGACGGGACCAUUAUGGGAUGCACGAGAGCAUCUUCAAGUCAAUCCUGGGCUCAGACAUUGACCUGCGGCGCUGCUUCCUGGGAAACAUCGUGCUUUCAGGUGGGAACACUCUGCUGGCCGGCCUGCCCGAGCGGCUCCAGGCUGAAAUCGUAGACCUGCAGCCCGCGGACAUGGCGGAGGCCGUUCGGGUCAGCAGCCCCAAAGACAGAGACUUUUCGGUGUGGAGUGGAGGAGCGGUGCUGGCCAAUCUGCCCACCUUCAGCUCUGCAUGGAUCAGCCAGGAGGAAUACGAGGAGUACGGCCCACAGAUCGUCUUCAGGAAGUGUUUCUGAGGCGGACUAGUGAGAGUUACUUCACCAAGUGCAAUAUUCAGUGCCACGGGUUGCUCUGAGCCACUUUGACCCUUUUUAAAUAUCUGUUUUUAUGUGUUUUCUUUUCUGUGGAGUCGGUUUCACUCUGGUCAGCUGCGUGGAUCUCGACUCUUGAGCUCUUACUUGACCCCAGCAGGUUUUUUUUGUGAACCUGCUGCCUCCUUUAUGCUUCAUCUGUCGAGAUCCAGCAACAUGGCAAAUGAGGAAGCUUCUGUCAUAAGAUUUCUGUCCUUAUCGUUGUCCCUUCAGAACCCUAUAACUGUCUUAAACUUCCUAUUUUGGGGAUGAAUUUGUGUCCCUAGGAUGCAAGUCCUAACACAUUCAUUGUUAAGGGACUAUAAUUGAAGCUGGCCUUUAAUUGAUGUCUGCCAAGUUUGCUUCCAGCGUAAGCAAUUGAAGCACAAAGAAAACUCGACAUACUGACUCCCGUUAUCUGUAUCAAUCUAUCUAAAUAUGUCAAUCUAAUAUCAAAUUUCGAUGUAUUUUUACAGACAUUUAAAGUAAAUUUGAUAUCGAAUUAUUUUAUGAAUUAGACAUGGUGAAAGUUGCAUUUAUGAAACUACUUGGCUUUUAUUCAGCUAUCAGUGAUCUUGAUGGGGAGUAUUCAGGCCUCUGCAAGGAAGAAAAUCCGACUUUUUUUUUUUCUUACAACAAAAACAAACUUUUCUCUUUAAACGUUUUCAAAUUAUUACAGUAUCUUUUUAUAUAUAUUGAGUGGACUUUUGUUUUUGUUAUAACAUGUCUUCUUAAAUGAGUUUCAGAAGAUUGCUUGGUUUUUUUUGUUUGUUUUUUUUCAACUCUCCUAGAUGCAUAUUUUUCAUUGCAGUGGCCCUAAUGUUUAUUAAAUAAUGCAUCUCCUAAAUCAAAGCUGAAUAUUCCUUUACAUGGAUGUUUUCUGUUGCAGCAGUAGUUUGACUCAGAGAGGAGAAAUUGAGGAUUUGUUAGACGUGAACUUGGUGCUGAUUUUUCCCUGAGCUGACUUUACUGGUGAAGGUUUGUGGAGUGCAGGUGUUGGUCUGGUUCAGAUUUAAAAUGCUCCUGCUGCAGGUACAGUGUUGGUCCUUUGAAGUUUGAAGUUUUUUUUUCCUGAUUUAAAUGAGUGCAGUGUCAUUCUAUCAGUGUCUUUUGUAAAAUAUAUUGAUGCGAGUACUUUGACUGCAUGUGUUUUCCACACCUACGUGCACAGUAGCGUUAAUUUAAAAAGAAAUGUUCCAUUGGUGCCAAAUUGCUGCAUUUCCAUGAAUCCUGGUGUCAACCCUGUGUAUUUAGACUUAGUCUGUUUUUUUUCCCCCCUCUUUUGCAUGAUGUAAUUUAGCUGUAUUGGAUUUAUUUGCACCGUUUGGCCUUUUUCUCCUUUUGCAUGUUUUAAUGUUUUACCUCUCUAAAGGCAUGGGGUUGUCAUGUGACCUAAAGCUCAGCCCUUAAGUGGAAAUCACCAUGAAAUGUGACUGUGGGAACUGCAGUGUGAGUCUUAUGUAAAGCCAGCAGUGACCUGAUCAGUGUGCCUUUUGUUUACUGGGGAGUUUGAAGAGAAUGCACGUCCUGGUUGUCUCCUCUAAAUGUACUGUAACAGACUGGAUCUAGCAAUUUCUCACCUGAACCAUGUUAUUUAUGCCAUGUUUUUUUUUUAAAUAAAUAUUUUAAUCCUAA